UGGACCCGGCUUGCACCGUAACGUUCAACAUUGAAAACAAUCUUUAAUCCAACAAUGCCUAUUGCACCAAUCACUGGCAAACUUAGAAAGAGACUGUGGCUCGACCUUUCGGUCGCCCUUGGUCUCGGCGUCUCAUCUGCUUAUGCUUUUUGGUAUGGCGUACAUCUCAAGUCUGUACAAAGGCAGGAGGAGUUUUACUUCAAGCUGGAGCGGGCAAAAGUGCAGCAGUUGCAGUGAUAAUUGCGCUUUAGUGUACACUGAACCUCUUCCAAACAAUGGACUGUAUCCUCCUUAGAAGGAACGUCUUUCUAUUGGACUGCCUAGGAGGGACACCUCGCCUGCAUAUGGUUUUAAUCUAUUGCACUGGUGCAUGAUUGGGCGAUUCUUUGCGUGUGUCAUCCUCGACCUUCUGUACGACAUCGAACGGGGCGGGUCUUCCGUACACUUCAGCUUCAACUUUUGUCCUUAGAAAACAGACCAAGGGAGCAAGGCACAUGUUGGCA